GCGCCGGCUAGUCGGUUCCACGGCGUGACACCGUUUGAUGUGACUGAGCAGCGGCUGUCACAGUGGAAGAUACAAGUUGCUUAGAUACUUAGAUACCUAACUACUUAAUUAUUAGACACUUGCUAGUACGGCAGCAUGAACAGCACGCGCCAUGGCCGCCGAUCGUUCGCCAUUUGGGGUGGAUUAAUGGCCAUCUUGUGCCUGAACGAGAUUUCCUUCGCUUCAGCUGUUGCCUACUACACCGAGAAGCCUGCUUUUCUGCCGUCUUGUCGGAUCUACGAGACCGGCUUCACCAAGUGCUCGACGAACAGCAUCCAGAAGCUUCUCGACCAGCUGAACAUUGGAAUACCAGAGGUGCUCGAGCGCUUCGGGCCCUUUGAUCCCAUGCGAGUGAGGGACAUAGUCUUCAAGCAGGAUAACAACGAGGUGGCCACCAUCAGAGCCAAUCUCACUGAGCUGGUGGUCAAGGGUUUCGCCAACACAAAGGUCAAGGAGAGUCGUGUCAGCAAGAAGGACUUUGGCUGGCAGACCAAAAUAUAUCUGCCGAAAAUGAGACUGGAUGGCAAGUACGAAAUGGCGGGGCGAAUAUUACUUAUACCGCUCAGUGGCUCUGGCAAAAUAUUCAUCGAAAUCGAUGAUCUUGACAUUUUGCUACUGACCAAAACACGUCUGUAUGAAAAGGGCGGCUUCACCUUCGACAAUGUGACUGCGGUGCGCGUUCAACUCAACCUGACAAAGGUGCGAACCUACCUGGACAACCUUUUCAAUGGUCGCAGCAAGGAGGUUGAGCGCAGCACCAAUGAGUUCUUCAACGAGAACUGGCGCGAUUUCUACGAGGCCCUAAAACCACUUAUCGUUGAGACGGUGGAAAAUAUCCUUUACGACGUUAUGUCCACGGUUUUCCACCUUAUUCCUGCCAACUUUUUCGUUGAGGACAUUCCCACGCCUCAGCAACUAUAUGGCCCAAAGGAAGCUGUUGAAAAAAGAACAGUUCAGUGAUAUAAGCUGCAUCUUACUCACAGAAUGCCAUCAGAAAUUUUCCCAUAGUUGUGCAAUUGUUUAAAUAAAAUAAAAUCGAUAAAAUUUUUUCAAUAGUA